CACGGCAAAAGGAAAAAUACAAUGAGUUCAGCUUCAAACAAUGCAGUUGGAAAACAAAGGGGGAGAGAAGCUGCAGGUGAUUUUCAUUCCAUAAUUGUCUAUACAAAUGGACAGGGGGCUAAAACCAGGCCUUGAAUUCAACGGGGAAAAACAUCCUAACUCUUUUGAGUGGAAUGGUUCCAUUUUGCACCUCCUAAAUACGAUAAUGUAAGAGCAAAGGGAAUUUUCCCACCUACUGCCAAUGGUUUCACCUGUCAACUACACGUACAUGUACAUUCCGGAGGAAGGAUACAUAUGAGGAAGGAUACACUGCUCGUGGAGCCUGAGUGUUCCGGCGGGCACAGAAUGUUUGACGGUAUGUCACGUCGUUACAUUGGACGCUAACGAUGGAUCAGUGGAAGCAACAUAGGCCUAUUUGAACACUAAUUACUGCUGAAUUGGAAGUCUGACAUCAGCAGGCGCGCAUGGUCCCGGCACAGACGAGAAGCGCAAGCCCAGGCGCAUGCGUGUCCGGACGAAUUUCAGUGGCUGGCAACUGGAGGAGCUGGAGAGGGCGUUUGAGACGACACACUACCCAGACAUCUUCAUGAGGGAAGCUCUGGCCAUGAGGUUGGACCUCAUGGAAGCAAGGGUGCAGGUGUGGUUUCAGAACCGGCGGGCCAAGUGGCGCAAGCAGGAAAAGAGCGCAGGGGACGCGGGGAGGGAGAGUCGCCUCCUUGGCGGGGCUGGGAGCGUUGCCAAGCAGCCCACGAAUCCGUCCACGCAGGCCACGGCCUUCAUCAGUGGCAGACAGCAGAUUACCACGGGCUGUCGUCAGAGCCCCCUCCUUCUCAAGACCCCAUCCUCGUCCUCCCCGCUAUCGACUCCCCCGUCGCCCUCUUCCUGUUCCUCCGGGAAGGGCCUGCCUUUCAUCCACGUGGUGCCCCGGAUCUUGCCGCCCAUGGCCGCCCGGGGUUCUUUGUCCGGUGUCCUGGGAGAUCUGGUGCUGGACCGGAACCCGGAGAGCCGACGAAGCACCAGCAUUGCAGCGCUCCGAGAGAGGGCGCGAGAGCAUCAGGAUAACCUACGCCUGGUGGGAUUUUCCCCUAUUUUCUCGUCCCGCACACACAGUGCCACUUGAAGAUGGAGAUGUACCAAGUUGAUAAAAAGGAACUGUACAAAAGGAACAAAAAGAGAACUGUACCAACAUAAAAAAGAAAGCUGUGCAUUUACCAGCAUGAAAAACUGUGCCAAACACAAUGUGAAAAUUAAUUAGUCAGGGCACGCUGUUCUCAAUUCGGAAGUCUUAAGCUUUUGCAUAGAUUUCUUUAUUGAUUUUGGACUUUUCUGAUUACGAAGGUUCGAGUUGUUGUAUCUGCGUCUAGUUCUGAAAAUUCGGAGUAUAUUCUAAACCCGUCCGAGUUUUUCUGUAGCUCAUGCUUCGUGGAGCAAAGUGUACAGUUGAAUUUAACUUCGCUCACGCUACUUAGGAAAACGGAUGGACCGUCACCGCCGUCAAAGUAAAGGUGAUGAAUACGCCUACAUAAUUGUAUGGGAUUUAGACCAGUGAAGGAGAGUUAACUAACUAAACAAUCCGAUACAAAUGUCUCCUCUGCAAAUAUGUGAGAGCUGUCAUUUUAAGGCCACAAGUCCUUAAUCUUCAUACACCCGAUGGUGUUAGAUCAAAGUAAAUAACAGAUAAACUAUUUUAAAUUUAAUUCCGCUGAAGAAACUUUUCACAUACAGUUGUCUGUGUUAUUUGUACCGUGGACUGGUAAGUCUGAGUGACAGCUUUUUCCCGUGUUUAAAUGAAACAUUUCUGCGACAAUAUUUUGGAAAGCUAUUACAGAAUCCAGAGAAAUGUGCAAAAUUUUCCUUUUUUCUUGAAAUUACUUAUCCUGGAGUGCCUUGUGAUCAAUGUUUUUUACUGAUAGUGAUUUCGCAAAGAUUUGAAAUGUAAUUUUUUUUCAUUGAUCAGCCGUGGAAUUGUUAUUAUAAAGGAAAAUUAUUUUGUCGAAUAUAUUUUCAUGAUUAGUGUCCUUUAGCCAUUGUCAAAAUGAGAGCUUUUGUAAGUCGACGAGAACCAAUAAUGCAUCACAAAUGCCCUCUCGGUCAUGCUUCCUCUCGGAAACCUUGAAAAAGGCAGAGGGCGCCAUAACCAACGUCUGCAUCAAGAUUUUCCCGCACCUUAAUCCCCGACGUAACGACGGUGUCUGAAACUGGAAUGUUUGGUUUGGCCAAGUUUUGUUGACAUUCAAUCUUUUGAUAAAAUACAAGUUCACAAAAGGAAUUUGCAACCUGUAAAUAUAUGUAAUUAUGUAAACUUCAUCAUGUAUAAAUUUCCAAUUCAUUAUGGUGCCACGUGUCUCCUUACAUCUCAUGUAUUGAUCAGAUUCAGUUUCAAGAAAAUGUCAUUAAAUCGGUUAAAGGAUCCGUCCGUAGAUUAAAUAAAUAAAAAGCAUAA